AUGCGGCACAUGGUUGCUCGGAAUAUACCGACCCGUACCGAGUGCGCCAAGAUACUGUUUCUGGUGCCCUUCCCGGCACCGAGCCACUGGCUAUGGAUAGACCACUUCAUCAAGGAGCUGCUCACGCGCGGCCACGAGGUAACCGCCAUCACAAACUUCGCGGCAAAGGAAGCGCACUCCAACUACACCGAAAUACUGAUCGACCCACCGUACGACAUACCGUACUACUUUCCCGUGUCGGACAUAUACGAGUCGAAGUACAACAGUGACCUGAACAACCUGUUCCUCUACUGGAGGGUAGGCCUAUCGACGACGCAGUACGCGCUAGAGAACGAGAACGUACAGCAGUUUAUCGAGCAGGAUGACACCGACUUCGAUGUGAUCAUCUCGGAGCAGUUCUACCAGGAGGCAUUCCUGAUGUUUGCCCACAAGUACCGGGCUCCCAUCGUGACGCUUUGUACGCUUGGGCAUGCCAAUCAUAUGGAUCAGGCAAUGGGUCUCAUUACACCCUGGGCGUUCGUGCCACAUCCGGUGCUUCUACUAACGGAUGACAUGACCUUCUCCGAGCGGUGCUACAACUUCCUGAUCUCCAUGGCAGAUCUGGUGGUGCGCAAUCUCUACUACAUCCCGCAACAGAAUCGGCUUGCACAAACGCAUUUCGCUCGUAUCGAAGGUCCAGAGCUGAUGCCAUCGAUUCGGGAUCUAGAGAAGUCCAUCUCGUUGAUACUGGUCAACAGUCACAUUUCAACCUCUCCACCACGACCGUCCGUGCCGGGCCUGGUUAACGUCGCCGGGGCGCACAUUAAACCCGCAAAGGAGCUACCGGAAGAUAUCAAAAAAUUCCUGGACGGAGCGAAAGAGGGUGUCAUUUUCUUCAGCCUCGGUUCGUACAUGAAGAGUGCCGACAUGCCGAAGGACAAGAUGAAAGCAUUCCUGGAAGUGUUCCGCAACCUGCGCCAGCGGGUACUGUGGAAGUACGAGGACGAGGACGUCGCACACCUGCCCAAGAACGUGAUGGUGCGCAAGUGGCUGCCGCAGAGCGACAUACUGGCCCACCCGAAGGUGGUACUGUUCAUAACUCACGGCGGAAUGUUCGGCAGCCAGGAGGGUCUCUAUCGAGGCGUUCCGAUGCUGUACAUACCGUUCUACGGCGACCAACACCGAAAUGCGCUCAAAGCGGAACAGGCAGGCUAUGCGCUGACGCUUAACUUUCCGGAGCUGAACGUGAUAACGCUCGGUUCGCGGCUCAACGAGCUCCUCACCAACCCGACGUUCAUGAAGCAGGCCAAACGAGCGUCGGAACUGUUUCGGGACAAUAUCGCACCCCCGAUGGAGGAAGCCAUGCACUGGAUAGAGUACGUCAUCCGACACAAGGGCGCCAAACAUCUAAAAACCAAAGCCAUCGAGCUGUCGUGGGCGCAAUACCUCAUGCUGGAUGUGGUAGGAUUUUUCGCGCUCAUCUUCCUACUGGUGGCGACCACAUUCUACAAACUACUAGGCACAUUUCUCGUCAGUCCAAAGCAGAAACCAAAACCAAAGCGAGAUACGGGGCUCGGGUCGCCGAGACGAAAGUUUAAAUUAAACUAAACACUGAUCAAGCAACUGAAUA